CCUCUAGCGAGACGCUCUUCUUGAUCUGAUUUGGAAACUGCACAGGAUCAAACAGCAGCGUAAUCUCAUCACAAUGACUGUCGCUAUCUCGAGAGAGAGCGGAAUCAAGCCGUAUUACACACAGAAGAUUGAGGAGACUGAACUCCAAAUCAAUGAGAAGAUUCAGAACUUACGGCGACUGGAGGCGCAGCGGAAUGCUUUGAAUACAAAGGUCCGAUUACUUCGGGAGGAACUCCAACUUCUUCAAGAACCCGGCUCGUACGUGGGCGAGGUUAUGAAAGCGAUGGGAAAGACAAAGGUGCUGGUCAAGGUUCAUCCCGAGGGCAAGUACGUCGUCGAUCUAGCUCCCGACAUCGACAUCAAGAAGAUCACGCCCAGUCUGCGAGUAUGUCUACGAUCAGACUCCUACCAGCUGCAUCAGAUCCUGCCCAACAAGGUCGAUCCUCUCGUGUCUCUGAUGAUGGUCGAGAAGGUGCCCGACAGUACGUACGAGAUGGUCGGCGGUCUCGACAAGCAGAUUAAGGAGAUCAAGGAAGUCAUCGAGCUGCCGGUUAAGCAUCCCGAACUUUUUGAAGCGCUUGGAAUCGCGCAGCCUAAAGGUGUGCUUCUCUACGGCCCUCCCGGAACCGGCAAGACCCUGCUCGCGCGUGCGGUGGCGCAUCACACCGAGUGCAAGUUCAUCCGCGUGAGCGGCUCCGAGCUCGUGCAAAAGUACAUUGGCGAAGGUAGUCGUAUGGUGCGCGAGCUCUUCGUCAUGGCCCGCGAACACGCGCCUAGCAUCAUCUUCAUGGACGAAAUCGAUUCCAUCGGUUCGAGCCGUGUCGAAGGCAGCAGCGGCGGCGACUCCGAGGUCCAACGAACUAUGCUCGAGCUUCUCAACCAGCUCGACGGUUUCGAGUCAUCAAAGAACAUCAAAGUCAUCAUGGCCACCAAUCGCCUCGAUAUCCUUGACCCCGCUCUUCUUCGUCCCGGCCGUAUCGAUCGAAAGAUCGAGUUCCCUCCUCCGACUCUCGAGGCCCGUACCGAUAUCCUCCGCAUCCACUCCCGAUCAAUGAACCUCACGCGCGGCAUCAACCUCCGCAAGAUCGCAGACAAGAUGAACGGCUGCUCCGGCGCUGAAGUCAAGGGUGUCUGUACAGAAGCCGGCAUGUACGCGCUCAGAGAGCGGAGAAUUCACGUCACGCAGGAGGAUUUCGAGCUCGCGGUCGCCAAGGUUCUCUCGCGGAACGACGAGGGCCAGAUUUCGCUGAGAAAGCUGUUCAAGUAG